CUCAACCCAAGAUUCCAACCUCGCUGUCUCCCGAACUCUAUCAGCAGCUAAAGGAACGCACUGAGCAUGUGCUCGCAGCUCUCGUUCGCCGUAACUCUCCCUGCCAGUUUUUCCGCAAUGCACCAGAACUCCAGAGCCUAUCCCAUGGUCUCGCAGAGCUCGCCCCAGCUCAUUCCCUGGAGACAAUCCAAGACAGUUCUCUUGUCUCUCUCUUCAGAUCUACAGCUCCCCUGACCACCUACGAGACCUACAAGCCCUUCGUCUCCCACUUUCUUUCCCCACUUUCCUCUGGCGCAGUCAAAGCGUGCGACGUCCGUGACCUCUUCUCCCCGGGCCUUCCCUACUUCAUCGCCCUCUCCAGUGCCACUUCGGGCAAAGCGCCCAAGUACUUCGCCAAGUACCGGCACCCGCCCGGCCUCUCGUAUGAGAGCGUCGACAAGGGUGCGAACCCAGUUUCCGAAACGGGCGGGACGAACUGCGUCAUCUACUCGCUCAACUACUUCCAGAAGCUCACUGUCGAGGAUGAAGAAGGGAAGACGUGCGCGACUGUGCUUGUGACAAACAUGUCGUCUGGGUCCGUGAGGAUGCAAAACGGACUCGACGCUGAAAAGGAUCCGUGGUUAAUCCACUAUACCGGCCCCCGUGCGACAUCCCCGCUCGCAGUGAGCUUCAUACCGCAAUACCGUACGUUCCUGCUCAUGCACGCACUCUUCGCGCUGGCCGACGUGCGGCUCGAGACGAUCAGCACCCUCUUUGGCACCGUGUUCGUCGACAUGAUCCGGUACAUGGAGGAAGAGUGGGACACACUGGUCGCGUGCAUCGAGCAUGGCACGUUACCGGGAUACGACGGCGUCGAAGCGAUCCAACCGUAUCUCCAGAAGCAAUGGCAGCCAAGACCCGAGCGCGCCGCCGAGCUUCGCGAAGUGGAGGUCAACUCGCCCACGUGGCUCCACAAAAUAUGGCCUAACCUCAAGGUUGUCGUUGGCAUCGCCAGUGGCACGUUUGCCUCUGUUAUUCCCAAGAUGCGGAUGAUAUUGGGCGACACAGUCUAUCUCCGUUCUCUGGGCUUCACUGCAUCAGAAGCCUAUGUCGGCACCGUGUACGGGCACGGCGAUAUCAACUGUUUCAAGACCGUUUCGGACGACAUUGUCGAGUAUCUUGAUGCUUCUUUACCUGAGGCUGACCAAACCCCUGAUCGGUGUGUCAUGCCAUGGGAAGUCGAAGCGGGGAAACAGUACGAGAUCAUUCUUACGACUCGUGACGGUCUGUGGCGAUACCGCCUCGGGGAUGUUGUCGAAGUAACCGGUUUCGAACCAAGUGACGGCUCACCGAUCAUCAAGUACAUCGAGCGCAAAAACAUAGCAAUGCGCUUCCCAGAAGCCCAAAUUCACGAGCAAGAGCUCGUCUCGUCCAUCGUCUACCUCGACGAUUCUACCCUGGGCCCGGUCGCCGAGUUCACAGUGUGCGAAGACACGCGCUCUACGCCGUCAACUGUCGGCUACAUCGUCGAGCUCGCCUCUUCUUCCUCUUCCGCCACCACCUCAGGCCUGGGCCUCGGCGCAGACCCCAGUGCAGCUCCACAAAAGGUCCUCGAGUCGCUCAUGGAGCUCAACGAGGGCGUGCGGAUUGGCUACGAGGAGGGUUCGAUUAGCGUCCCUACUAUUCGCGUGGUGAGCGGGGGAUCAUUCAGGGAGUAUAGGCGGUGGCGGAUUGAAAAGACCAAGUCGGGAGCAGGGCAGAUGAAGGUUCCAGUCGUGAUGAGGGACGAGGAGUCGUUGAAGUGGCUGCUUGAGCGAGUUGUCUUUGAGGCGAACACCGGUAACAAGUUUUGACGUAUGUUCCAACGUAUAUGUUACAAAUAGUACUCCUAAAGCGAAGCAUGCUUAGAAACUCUGGUUCCGC